UACUCGAGUGUGUAGUAUAAAGUUUUUGUAAAUAUACCAAAAAAUUCUAACACUAUGUUUUAAAUAUAGAGAUAAUUUUUGAUUUUUAAUUGGUUGAUCUUGGAAAUUCAACAUGAAAUUUUAUUUGCUGACGAUGCAUUGUUUAUUUGCGUUAACUGGAACGUUUGUCGAUGCCAUUGGACCGAUAGAAGUAUCGAAAGAAUUCAUCUUGGAAAAACAUAAUGAGUACCGCAAAGCUGCUGGUGCGAGCAAUAUGAGAAUAAUGACAUGGGACGACACACUCGCCACCUUUGCCCAGAGCGUUGUAGACACAUGCAUAUUUGCGCAUAGCUCAGGCGGUGGUUACGGAGAAAAUCUAUGGGCCGGUACAGGAAACAGCAUUGAUGGGGUUACUACAUCUUGGCAUAACGAGAUAUCAGACUUCGACCUAUCGUCCAACACUUGCUCAACCGUUUGUGGCCAUUAUACCCAAGUGGUGUGGUGGUCAACUUAUAAACUUGGUUGCGCAGCUAGAAGAUGUCCAGGAACUGGGAACUUUUUAGGUGGUAAUGAUUUUACAUUAGUCGCAUGCAACUAUAGUCCUCCUGGAAAUUAUGUUGGAGAACGACCAUUCACUGAAGGCAAACCAUGCUCAGCCUGUGAUACUGACGACUAUUGCUUUGAUAGUUUUUGUGCAAAUGUUGCAGAAGACGGAAAGGACUUUCGUGUCUCUGAAACUACGGCAGCAUCAACGACAACUAGUACCAGUGAAUCCACAACAAGCCAUUUGUCCACGUCAACAAGCCAAAGUACUACUACUACUUCUGCUGCCAUCGAAACAAGUCCAUCAUGGAGUACGACAACUCAAGGUAACUCGCCAUCAAGCACUUCCGGUGGGACAUCCUCGUCCUACACUACCACAAGCAUAUCUGAUGGGACAUCUUCUCCAUAUACUACAUCUACGUCUGACCCUACUCCAACGAUGACGACUUCCACAACAGAUAGCCCAACAAACUGUCCUGGUAGUGAUGGAUGUGGAAAUCCUUGCGUCGUGACCCAAGAAAAGUACAGAGAAAGUCUCAGAGAAUGGAAGAAAGCUAUGGAAAAAUGGCAAAAGGAGAUGAACAAGUUAUGCAAGUCAUGCAAUCAGUAAACUUACGCUUCGAUCGAGCAUGGCGAUUAUUAACCAAUUUGUUAAUUAUCAUACUCCACUUGUUAUAUAAUCUUUCUUGAUCUCGAUUUGUUUAUGAAUAUAAUAAAUUGCAAGUGCUUCAUUUUAUACCUGCUGUAGAUCACAGAAAUGCAAACUAAGUUAGGAAAAAUUGCUACCCAGCAGCUUGAUAAAACCAGUUUUUGCAGUCAAAUAAAUUUUACAAUUCCAGUUGUAUUUUUUGAAUUUUCGUUUUCUAUCACAAAUUUAUGUCGAUGUUCCUACAAUAAUAACCCACUACAUUAAAUACCUUGCACCCAUUUUAUUUCGGUGUUUUUAACUUGUGAUCUCCGUGUUUAACAUUAUACUGAUUAUGGAUUUACUUUCAAAUAAUAACUACUAAAAAUCACUUUUACCAGAUAGUUUCAUAAUACUUUUCGAGCUUAUCGCCCAAAGAUAUUUUAUAUUAGGUAUUCAUCAUGGAUAAUUUUAGCGCUCUGUGUUAUUGUUUUUAUUUGACUGUUUAUGAUGCAUUUAUAUAUUCUCCUAUUAAGUUCUGCUUAAGAUAAAAGAUAACCAAAUA